AUGAGCGGCAUCGACCCAGGGCCACUCCUCGAGGCCGUGCUGACCUCGAUUGAUGAGGUCAGUGCAGCGUACAUGGCAUGGAAUGCGGCAUCGCCGGGAUGGGACGCUGGUCCUGACUUGGAAUGGCGUGAGGGCGCCUUGGUCGCGACGCAAGCGGCUGUGGCUCGAACGCAAGUGCCGGUCGUAGCAGAGCUAUGGCCUGAGCGCACUGGACAGCCGCUGCCAGGCCUGGCUGCCUUUCGACAGGCUGUACAGGCCGAAUAUGAAUACGUCACAGGUACUGGGACGAUAGAUACGUCUACAAGCAAUGCAUCGUACUUGGUGGCCUUCUGGAGCGAAGUAUUGCAUGCGCUGUGUAGUUACGGACCAGUGACGACCCUGAACGUAACGCGAGCAGCCUCAAAGCCCAAAGGUAAGCGAAAAAGUUAUGACGCAGGGCCCACUACGUCGCCUAUCCAUAUUGUCGGGCGACAGGGCACCCAUUGGAUUCGUCUCCUUCCUAUUCGCUUGGAUGCUUUGUUGCGGGAAUGGCAAGAAAUGGACCAUGUGCUCGCCAAUAACAUCGAAGCAGACGAAAACAGUGCUGUUCCGCCUACGUCGAUUGUCCAGGCAGCGCGAGAGAUGCUCGCGGCGCGGACCACAGAGAGUGUGGAGCUUGUCCUCACACGGCUGUCUCCCGCAGACGUAGAGCCUUCGUCUGGUGAGGUAGCACAACGUCUAAACGACACAGUGCGUGCAGUGGAAGCCAUGGGUGUCCAUGUUCGCAUGGGCGCCUCCAAGGCCGUGCCUCUGCAUAUCCAACUACCACGCCCUCCCCCGCCGCAAGUAUGGCAUCCCACGCGGACCAUCAAUGUGGAUGUUAGUGCAAUGAUUGCGCUUUGUAGCGACCUCUCGCAUGGAUACACGCGGGGCCUGGAAAUUCAUGCGAACCGCGCUUUGUCCUUGCAGGCCCAGCACGAAAACGACAUGCCGUUGUGGCAGCAUUUGCUGGAUUAUGCGUCAGGCCCUCUUCACCUCGUGGCCACCCCUGAUACGCUGGCUAAAUUUACUUCGAUUGUGGAUGCGGUGGCCUCGCCACGUGAGAAAGAACGGGCUCUCUGGCUAUGUGGACAUCGACAAGGUCUCCGCCCCUGGGGCCCUUUCCAACGUGAAUGGGAAGAGUGCCUGCCUUUGCCGGUACGCACCCUAUCGAUCGAGACCUUGCCGGUGAUCCCGGAAGAACAAGUGCAAUCCCAAGCUUAUGCAGAUGCACUUGCCACAUUGAAAGGUCGUACACGUGCCAAGUCCUUAGGAACAUCGCCUCAUACGUGGCAAGCGCUGCAAUAUGGACUCGCCCUGGGAUACACAACAUUGUUGGCCCAUGCGAACGGCAUCGAAGAGCUUUUACAGACGGCUGGCCCGCUCUUAAGUGCCUUGGAUGCUUCGCCGCACGCAUUGUUCUGGGUUAUUCAACCGCGGUCCUUUGUGACGCAUAUGACGCAAGCUGCAUCGAUGCCAAGUAUGCGGUCUGACUCGGCCUCCUCUACAUCUAAUUUGCUGGCCAGUAGUGAUGCUGUCUCGCCACUUCGGCCUACGAUGGUCGGUAACAGCAUGGAAAUGGCUACAAGGACCUGA